AAACUAUUUUCUAACCUAGCUACAAUUUUAUUAAUUAUUGAAUUUUAUAAUAAAAUUUAAGAGGAACAAUAGUGAUUUACUAAAUUAAUAUAAUAGUGAUUUAAUUACAUACAUCGUGUAAUGGCUCGUAAUUUAUCAGAAGCGGCACGAAAAGUUUUACUGUUAGGUCAGUGUGUACCGACUGUCAAACAUAAUGCAACCAAAAUAAGAGUGAAGAGGCUGGAACUAGAUGAAAAUCUGCUAAUGUUCUUUAAGAAAGAUGAAUUUUACUACUGCCACGAUCCUGAGAAGCAGUGCAAAACUGGUGACAUUGUGCUUAUACAGGCCCUUCCCCAAAAACUUACUAAACUUAUUACCCACCAAAUAAAAGAAGUAGUAUAUCCGUUUGGUGAUAUAACGGAUCCUAUAACAGGCAAGAAAGUAGCUAAAGAAAAAUAUAGGGAAGAUAUUGAAAGAGAAACUGAAGUUUAUGGAAAAUUAGAUUCAACCUUUGAUUACAACAAAGCACCUCCAAGAGGCUGGCAAGAAGGGAAGAAAGAUUUCACUGCCAAACCCACUUAUACAAAGUACCAUGUAUUUGACGAAAAUGACCCCUAUGCUAUUUAGUUAGUUUGUUAUCUAGAUAAAUAAAUUAAUUGUAGUGAUA